AUGGGAAGCACAGAGUCGUCGAAGAAUGCUAAGCGCAAGUCAUCGUUCGAUGAUCUUCCUUUGGAAACGGUCUUCGACAUCCUCUUAAAAUUGCCGGUGAAAUCUAUUAUCCGCUCAACCCUGGUCAACAAAACAUGGCACUCCAUAAUCACAAACCCAAAUUUUAUUUCUGCUCACAUUCAACGAUCACGGUCAUGUUGUGAUGAAAGUGCUAUGUUACUAGUCCCUUUUACGGGCUCCCUUGAGAACUAUUGCUCCUUAGUCUCAACUGAUACAUCUUCACUUAUCCAAAAAUAUGAGAUUCCUUUUACGCGUAGAAGUUUAGAACCGUUUUAUGCAUCACUACACGGACUUGUUUUAUUCUCUUCACGUUCUGAAUUGUAUCUGUGGAAUCCUUCUCUUAGAACACAUAGAGCCCUUGUUACUUCAAACCCUUUUGAUAAAAGGUCUUAUAGACGGAGCACACGAAUUCUUCUUGCCGGAUUAGGUUUUCAUAAACCUACUAAUGAUUAUAGAGUUGUUAUGGCUUUUUCUGGUGUGGACGAAAAAGGGAAGGUCUAUGAAGAGGUAGCUCCUAGGGCUGGGAUUUAUAGUUUGAGGGAGCAUGCAUGGAAGGAGUUAAAAAACUCUAAAGUUCCUAGACUUAUCCGGGAAGAUGAGACAUAUGUCGAUGGGAGGUUUUACUGGUUAGGUACAAUGCUGCUUCCCGAAACUUAUGAUGGUUGGUACCUUAAUAGUCUUCCUUAUCGUCCUGACCCUGAACAAUUAAGGAUAUUGUCAUUUAAUUUUGAUACGGAAGAGUUUGGAGAAUUAUUAAAAUUGCCAGAUGAAGUGUCUAGUUGUGUAGGACAAGCCACUGAAUUUAGGCUGAUGGAGUUCGAGGGUUCACUCUGUGUUUGUGUUUCUGAUAUUAAAUACGACAGUGGCGGACAGCUUUUCUAUAUAUGGUCGAUGAGGUCUGAAAAUGGUGUUAUCUCUUGGAGUCUACGAUUUAGAUUUCUGCUCAAGGUGCGUGCAGCGCGGCCCCUGAAUAUUACAAAGAGUGGAUCACUUAUAAUAGAAUCAUUUGGGGAUUACUCCAAUUGGAGUACAAGGAUUUUGAUCUCACGUAAUCUCAAAAGCAUGCAUGAUAGAGAUAUUGGAAUUUUUAAGUUUGAAGAAUAUGCAGAGAAUUCGUCGAUAUCUACCGUGGACACUCAUUUCAUGGAGAGUUUGGUCAUGUACGAGGGAGAUCAGAAGUCACUGUUGAAGUCUGCAGAGUAA